AAAAUUGAAGUAAUACAAACAAAAAAAUGGCGGGAGGAGGAAGGAAGAAUCUAAAGAGGGGGAGUUGAGUCUGAAAUGGCGACUCUUGAACAAGGUCAAACCAUAGUGCAGGUUGUCGAAUUGAGGGGUUCUAAUCUAACUGAGGUAAUGGACUCGAAAGGGGAGAAAUUUAUAGCAUGUUUUCCAGCAAAAUUCCACAAAAGCAUGUGGAUUAAACAAGGGAACUUUGUAGUGGUGGACGAAAGUGGGAGAGAAGAGGCGGAAGAAUCCGGUAGGAAGGUGGCGGGCUUUGUUCGACAAGUGCUUUACCACGACCAAAUUCGUCUUCUUCGAAAAUCUUUAGAAUGGCCAGAGAUUUUUAAAUCCACCUCCCACGAAAACCCGAAGCAAGCUUUAGAGUGUUGUAGUACUUGCCGAAAAGAUGAUCAAGAUUCUUCGAGUGACGACGAUGGAAUGCCGCCUUUGGAAGCAAAUACGAAUAGAGUAAAUCCUCUCCACUUGUAUGUAGAGUCCGAGUCUGAUGAUUGUUCUUAG